ACCCUCCCCGGUUUCUUUUUCCUUCCUCGGGAUUUUUUUGGACACCCGUCCCUGGCCGCUGCCUCUGGGAGUGAAUCUGCCCCCGGCGCCCCUCGCCAGGGUGUGCCAGUGGAGGGUGGCAGCUUUCCCGAAGAACCGGGAGUCUCCUCCCGGGGGGCACAAUCGUGUAAAACAAGGAAAGACAAUGGAAAAAAAAACAACAAAACACACCCAAACCCCUCCUCCUUCGCACUCCUCUAGAUAAGGAGAGUCCCCUCCCGUUGGAAUUGUCCUCAGCGUCCCCAACCCUCAGGGUUCAGGAGGUGAAUAAAUAGCCAGGACGUGGGUGCUGCGGGUGGUCAGCGUGUCGUUUGCCCUGCGGGUGCAGUGAGGCAGAGGCUCCGCUUGGACUGAGGCUUUGAGUGCAGAGAGGUGACCCCGGAGUGCUGGGGGGUCUGUGGUGGGUGCCACCAUGGCCCUUGAGCAGCUCAAGUUCAAGGAGCUGGGUGAGGAGGAGGCUGCCUGGAAGGAAGAGAGCCUGGACAGCGUGAAGGCACUGGCGGCCAAACUGAAGCUCCAGACGCGGAGACCUUCCUACCUGGAAUGGGAAGCCCGAGUGCGGGGCCAGCCCUGGCACGCUCAGACCCCCGGGGGAAGGAGGGGAGCACAGAAGAGCAUGGGGCACCCCGAAGACCAACAUGAUGGUGGCAUCUGUGGGUUCGCCACCAUGGAGGCAGCUCUGGAGUGGCUCAGGAUGGAGCUGCAGGAGAUGCAGGCAAUGGACCAGCACCUGGCACAGCAGUUGAUGCACCUGCGGGCACAGCUGCACCAGCUGAAGGUGGAGCAGGCCUGCCACCAGCACAAGGAGAUGCUAGACGAUGCUACCUUUGGCCUUGAGGGCUGUGAGGAAGACUCGGAUCUGCUCUGCAAUAUCCCACCCAAGGCCGCCUUCCUGCUCUCCAUGCCACUUAAGCACAUCGGCAUCACCCGCAUGAACAUCAGCUCCCGGCGGUUCUCCCUCUGCUGAAAGUAGCAGCACUCCAUGGAGUGCUCAGCAGUGAGCCUGGAUGGGAACCUCAGAGGAACCCAUGGGUGCAUCCAGACUUGGCAGGGCUCAAGAACCCUCCUAAAACCCCUUGGGGACUGUGGAGCAGCAGGCAGUGCUGAGCCCUGGUUCUGCCAGCCCUGCCCUGAGCACAAUGCCAUGCCACAGCAGCAUGGGCAUGCCACUAUCCCCAUUGGGCACAAGGUAUUUUGGGACACCCACUGCCUUGUCCUUAAGGACAGUGGGGUCAACUGCAGUGGCAAAUGUAGGAAGCAGCCCUUUGAGGAGGAAUAGAAAGUGAGAGUUGAUGUUUUUCCCAUUGUUGCACCCAGGCACCUGCCUCAACCUCCAGACAUGGGGGACCUGCGGGCAGCAGGGGGGAUGUGCUUCCAUCACUCCUUCCCCAACCUGGCUCAGAGGAUAGCAACUUCUCACCAGUUCCUGUCAGGGAGACACUGUCUCUGCUCUGCAGACCUCAUGGCCAACCUGGCCCCAGGUGUCCCUGGCCACAGUGGGUGCUUGGGCUGCAUGGCUGCAGGAAACGCUUGUCCUUGUCCCCAACUCAGCAGCGAAUGGAGGGGUUGAUUUUGGGGCUUGAGGCCAGAAGGUGCUGGAGCUGUGCUCAGGGUUCAGCCCCCAUGCUCCCAUCCUGCUCCAUCUCCAACCCCCUGCAGCCCUACACUGGCAGCAGGGUAGCAGCCCCCAGGGCUGACAACACUGCCCUUACCAGAGGGGUUAAUUUUAGCUUUUUCCCUUCCUUCAUUAACAGCAAACCCCUCACAAAAGAAGUUGCUUCUUGGGGAAUGUGGCUUCCACAGAACACUUUUCGCCAGCAGUGCCAGGGAAGGGCAUCUCCCAGCUGCAGGACCCUGCUUCCCAGCGACUGAGGGGCUCAGCAUCCCUUUGCCCACUCGUUCCCUGAGGGUUAUUGAUCAGAGACACCCAGAGCAGCAGCCCUGCAUGCUGGGGAUGGCAGGAAGCCACCAG